AUGUUGUUUUCACUUCAAAAAAACAUUCUUGCCAAAAGUUUGCGAUGGACAAUUACUGAUACAUCCCUUUCCCCAGAUCAAUGCUAUUUGGUUUAUGCCAGCACGUCACCUAUUGUCCAUAUUGUUAAUGUUGGAUCCGCAGCAACAGAAUCUCAUGCAAACAUCACGGAGAUUCAUGAUGGUUUGGAUUUUUCUGAUGACGAUGGAGGAUACUCUUUUGGAAUAUUUUCUGUGAAAUUUUCGACUGAUGGGCGAGAGCUUGUUGCUGUAGCAGUGAUAACUCAAUAUAUGUUUAUGGCCUUGAAUCAAAUAAGCUUUCCCUUCAAAUUUUGGCACACACGAGAAUUGGAGUCCUUAAUGGCAAUGCAUCUACACUUUGUGAGAGAGAAGCCAAUGCAGGUGUCGAGAGAAGCAACGAAAAGAGGCUUCUCGGCUGCAGACUGUAUGUUUUUGGACAUACAAAUGUGGAUAUGUUUUUGUUGACAAGUACGGGAGGGCAUUGUUUUUAUAUCUCUAACCGUAUAUAUAGUGGUUUGUACAAAAUAUUUUUUUGGUAGAGUAAAUAUCAGCUAAUUUGGUAGAAAUUAACAUAGCACGUGGUACAAAAUAAUUUUGUGGCAGUACAGAAUAUAAUUUUUGUUGUGGUACAGAAGUUCUAGGUGUACAAUUAAUUUGGUUAUUCCAGUAUUAUGUAUGGAAUUAAAUUAUUGACGUGGGAUUAGACUUGGUUCUUAUGAAAUUUAUAAUAUAUAUAUAAGUGGACGUUCAAUAUUAAUUUUU